CGCCGCACCGACGGGGCGAGAGGAGGGGGCGACUGCGCCGGCUGCAAACCCCACCGCGGACUUUAUAACCGGGUCGGCUGCCCGCCGGGCGCAGACCGCUGAGUAUUUUAAUUAGAAGCCCCACCACCUUCCCCUCCGCCUCCUCCUCCGUCGCCGCCACCGCCUCCUCCUCCUCCCUCCGCCCCUCGCCGCUCCUGCCCGCCCCGCCGCCCCUCCGAGUCGGCGGCCAAGAAAACCCAGAGAGACCUGGCGGCUGUCGGAGAAGGGGGAGCGGCGCGGCAGGCGGAGCGCCCCGCAGCCCGCCCGAAACUUGGCGAAGUUUGUCCGGCGGCGGGAACCAGGAGGCCGCGGCGCCCGGCGGCCGACCAGUAUGUGCGAGAAACGGGCGGCUCGUCGCAUUCCUGCGGGCGGAGCGCGGUGGCUGUGAGCGGGGUAGCCCGAGCCCUCGGGGCCUCCCCGCAGCGCCUUAGCUGCUGCGGACCCCGUCCCGCUCGGCCUCGCACCGCGCCGCGGCGGGCUGCCCCCCGAGCUCCGCGAGCGGCGAUGGCACCGGGCGGGCUCUGACCGCUGGCCCGUCCAGGGUUCUCCUCUUCAUCGGAGUUCUCCGAAGAGCAUCACACCCGCGACGGAGCGAGUACCCCGCCACCUCGAGCCGUUCGCCAGACGCCGGCUCCCGUCCUUGCCGUCGAAACUUCUCUGCGAUCCCGCCUGACUUCAGCCAGUGUCGUUCGAAGGGAGCUCAGACGAAGAGCCCUGGCCCGGAGGUCGGCGUCCCGAAGAGAGGCUCUGCCGCCCAGGCGCGGAGCGUCGCCCAUCCCGCCCGCCCGAGCACCCUGACGGUGAGGCGCCGUCGCCGCUCGGCAGCGCCCGGAGACGGGCCGCCGGUGGCCGCUGCACCACACCCGCCGGAGCCGGGGCUACCGCGCCGAGAUUGCUUUUGGAGGAGCAGAGCGCGGCGAGGGCGAAGUAGAGGCGGCAGAGGCUACCGGAGCGGAGGAGGUGGCCGCCAGCGCGGGGCGGGCGGCGGCUCGCCGGGGCGGCUCGCGGACACCAUGUCCAAACCGGUGGAUCACGUCAAGAGGCCGAUGAACGCGUUCAUGGUGUGGUCGCGGGCGCAACGGCGAAAGAUGGCCCAAGAGAACCCCAAGAUGCACAACUCGGAGAUCAGCAAGCGCCUGGGCGCCGAGUGGAAGCUGCUGACCGAGUCAGAGAAGCGGCCUUUCAUCGAUGAGGCCAAGCGGCUGCGGGCCAUGCACAUGAAGGAGCACCCCGACUACAAGUACCGUCCGCGGCGAAAGCCCAAGACGCUGCUCAAGAAGGACAAGUUCGCUUUCCCCGUGCCCUAUGGGCUGGGUGGCGUGGCGGACCAUGAGCACCCGCACGGGCUGAAGGCGGGCGGGCUGCACAGUGGAGCGGCCGGCGGGCUGGUGCCUGAGUCGCUGCUGGCCAACCCCGAGAAGGCGGCGGCUGCUGCUGCUGCUGCCGCCGCCCGCGUCUUCUUCCCCCAGUCGGCCGCUGCCGCUGCUGCCGCCGCCGCCGCUGCCGCAGCCAGUAGCCCCUACUCCCUGCUGGACUUGGGUUCCAAAAUGGCCGAGAUCUCCUCCUCCUCCUCUUCCUCAGGCUCGGGGCUGCCCUACGCCUCGUCGCUGGGCUACCCUGGCGCCGGCGGGGCGGGCGCCUUCCACGGGGCCGCGGCAGCCGCGGCCGCCGCUGCGGCCGCCGCCGGGGGGCACACGCACUCGCACCCGUCACCCGGUAACCCGGGCUACAUGAUCCCCUGCAACUGCAGCGCUUGGCCCGGCCCGGGGCUGCAGCCGCCGCUGGCCUACAUCCUUCUGCCGGGCAUGGGCAAGCCCCAGCUGGACCCUUACCCCGCAGCCUACGCGGCGGCCCUAUGACCCGCGGCCGGAGGAUGCCCGCGCAAAGCCCCGGCCACCGACUAGAUGGGUGCCGGUGCAUACGUGCGGCCGGGAAGGGGAGCAAGCCGCCACCGGAGCCGCGAAGUGGGGACUAGGGUCGUGGCUGGGGCGCCGGGGCCGACGACGACCUGUUGCGUGUCGCCGGCCGAGGGGCGCUUUCCCGCCCGUCGCCCCGCGUAGUUUGUGUGUGUUGCAUGCGGUCUUUGCAGAUAGGCGAGCUGAAAACGAAGAGAAAACGAGAAAAAAAAAAAAAAAAAAAAAAAAAAUUAACA